UCGAGUCUGCUUUGUAUAGAGUUCUUUUAGAAAAUAAUAAUUUAAAUUAUUUUAAUUUUAAUUAUAUUGAAUCGAAACCUCACUCCUUGCUUCAGAUAAGCUACUGUUCUAAUAUGUAUUUGAGUUUUCAUGAGAUCUGAGAGACCAAUCUCUUGCUUUCCUAACUGAAACUUGGUUGUUAAGAUCUCUUACAUGACUCACUCAAAGCUUUAGUUCUUUUUUUUUGGGUAACUUCGAUUGAUACAGUCAGAAACAUAUCAAUAGAAGAUGAAAAGCUCAGAGAUUUAGUUACUGUGGAACUAAGAAACCAAUGGGUUCCUGUGAAAUUGUGGAAGAGAAAGAUGAAGCAACACUGUCUAAACACUCUGGGAGAUAUGGUAAAUCUGUUUUGGGAUCAUCUUCAAGCAAAGAUUUUGAAGGGAGGAAGCAGGGAGAGAAGUAUCAUGGUUCUCUUGAGUAUGACAUUGACAAGCUUUUCCAGUCAAUAUCUGUCAAAACAUCCACGAGGCUAAGGACAUCUUCUUUCCAUAACACUGGGACUAGCGCUAGUGCAGGUCCAAGCAGCCCUUCAAUGAGAAUGGCCUCGCCUCGAGUUUUUGUAGAGACAUCUCUUUCCUUGAAGCAGGCUCUCAGGGACCGUUGCGUUUCCAAGGCCUCUGAAAUGGCUGCUCUGAAACGCUUGUCCAAAUCCGCAGCUGCGUCUCCUAGGGUCUCUGAAGCAGACAGGAUCAAGAGUUUGUAUAAUCAGGUUUCGUGUAACAGGUCUGGUUUUGUUCCUGUGGACAAGGGUAAAGGAAGCUUGGUUGAGAGAUCUCUGAUACCUGUGAACAGUGAUAAAGCAAGCACUUCGAAGAGUGUACCUAAGUGUUAUGAAGAGCCUUCUAAACCCAUUUCUGAGCCGACUCAGAAUAAAUCCAGCAAAGGGUCUUGUCUAAGCUCUCGCAGUGGAGAUGAUCAGAUAGAGUUAGAUGAAAUUGUUGUUGCCUCUUCUGUGAAAGAACCUGUUAUUUCACUGCCUUCUGAUAAUGCAACUGAGCUUGAAAAGAGAACUCUCUCAUCCACUCUGGAUUUGGAGCGGAGAGGGAAGUUAGAGAACACACCUUGCUCAGGAACAGAGAAGAAGGUAACAAGAAUGAUUCCACGUCCCAAACAGAAGCCAAAAAGGAAGAUUAUACUUAAGAAGAAGCUAAAGAUUGGCAUCGUUUCUGUAUCUAACACAACAAAAAAGGAUGAAGAUGAUGUUUCAUUAGAUGCUAGUGCAAAUAAACUCCUCUGCCAAAGAUGUCACUGUUCGUUGAAGAGCACCAGCAUAGACAACCAACCGCCCUCAUAUACCACUAGUCAUAAUCCUGAGGUUUGCGCAGACAGUUUGAGCUCUGAAGCUGAGAUUGUCGUCAUGAAACAAGAGAAGGAAAGAGAGAAUCCAGCUUCUAGCGAGAAAUUCGAAUUCUCCUUGAGUUCAAAAGACAGUCUCGUUGGGGAUUACAGCAGGAGCACAAGCAUGAGUGAGGAGAGCAAUCUGAGCAGGUUCAGCUGUGGGAACAAGCCUCACAUGUCGAUGGAUGUGAGAUGGGAAGCGAUUAAGCAUGCCAAGUUGCAAUACGGCUCUUUGGGGUUAAGACACUUUAACCUCUUGAAGAAACUCGGUUGUGGAGAUAUAGGAACCGUCUAUCUAGCCGAGCUGAUUGGUACGAACUGCUUGUUUGCCAUAAAGGUGAUGGACAACGAGUUCUUGGCAAGAAGGAAGAAGAGUUCAAGGGCACAAGCGGAACGGGACAUACUUAAAAUGUUGGACCAUCCUUUUCUUCCUACGUUGUAUGCGCAGUUCACUUCGGAUCAUUUGUCUUGUCUGGUCAUGGAGUAUUGUCCUGGUGGAGAUCUUCAUGUCCUCAGACAGAAGCAGCUGGGCCGGUGUUUCCCUGAACCUGCAGCAAGGUUCUAUGUUGCGGAGAUUCUUCUUGCACUGGAGUAUUUACACAUGCUUGGUGUGAUAUACCGAGACCUGAAGCCAGAAAACAUUCUAGUUCGUGAAGAUGGACACAUUAUGCUUACGGAUUUCGACCUCUCACUUAGAUGUGCAGUGAACCCAACUCUUCUCAGAUCAACUUCUCCUCCAGGGAACGAUCCCGCAAGAUCUUCAGGCCCAUACAACACAUCCAACUGCAUACAACCAUUCUGUACCAUGGAACCAUCUUUCCAGGUUUCAUGUUUCAGCCCAAGGCUCUCCACAAACCAACAACAAGGUCAAAAACCAAAAAGAGGUAAUCAACAACAGAUGAAGAGAUCAUUGCCUCAGCUCGUGGCUGAACCAACAGAAGCAAGGUCCAAUUCCUUUGUGGGAACACACGAGUACUUAGCUCCAGAGAUAAUCAGAGGACAAGGACACGGCGCCGCGGUUGACUGGUGGACUUUUGGGGUUCUCCUUUACGAGCUUUUGUAUGGGAAAACACCUUUCAAAGGUCACAACAACGACGAGACAUUAGCCAAUGUUGUGUUGCAGAGCCUCAAGUUUCCUGAUAGCCCGCUGGUGAGCUUCCAGGCAAAGGAUUUGAUCAGAGGGCUUCUGGUUAAGGAGCCAGAGAACCGGCUCGGGUCAGAGAAAGGUUCUGCAGAGAUCAAAAGACAUCCUUUCUUUGAAGGAUUGAAUUGGGCUCUAAUCCGGUGUGCAAUACCGCCCGAGCUACCGGAUUUUUAUGAGUUCGGCGGUAGACAAGAGGCUGCAGGUUCACCUGGUGGUAAUGAUAAUAAGUAUCUUGAAUGUAAAGCCAUAGGUGAGUUCGAGUUGUUCUAAGUGUCUUUAAACAAGGUGUUGUAAAAGUAGUAAAAGUUGUUGUAAGUUUCACAUCUCAAAUCCUCAAGUCAAAUGUGUAAAUUUUAGCCUCUUCUGAGAGACAUCAUAAUCCCAUAUAUUUCAUUAAA